AUGCAAUCACUACAUCAGGCAGCAGCGAAUGGGGAUAUUGCAACUGUUCAAAGAAUAAUGAAUAUUCCUAAUCCUCCUAUCAACCAACCUGAUAUGAAUGGAUUUACUCCUUUACAUCUUUCAUUAAUUUAUAAACACGAAGAAAUUGCUGAAAUUAUAUUACGCCAUCCAUUACUUGAUAUUAAUAUGGUUGAUCACAACAGAAAUACAGCUCUUCAUCAUAGUAUUUACAAUCAACAAUUUAAUAUUGCUAAAAAAAUCUCAUUACAUCCACGAUCAGACAUCAAUAUCCAAAAUAUUAAUGGAGAAACGCCACUAAUGAUUUCAAUUCUCGGAGGAAAUAUUCAAUUUAUCAAAGAUUUUUCAAAUAAUCCAAAAAUUAAUCCAAAUUUUGUUUCAAAUGAAAGCGAUACAAUAUUACAUUAUGCUGUUAGAUCAGGAAACAUUGAUGUAUUCAACUAUAUUGUUCAACGAUAUAAUCCAGAUAAAAACGCGAAAAACAAAAAUAUAUUUACACCUCUUAAUAAUGCACAAAUGUAUGGAUUCGAAAAUAUUAUCAAUAAAUUCCCUUCAUCAAUGAUUCAAGAGAAAGAUGUAAAUGGAAACACAAUUUUACAUUAUGCAGCAAUGGGAGGAAAUCUCGAUUAUUUCAAGAAGGUUCUUCAAAAAUAUUAUUCUAAAUUCAAUGAUUUAAACAACAACAAAGAAAACUGUUUUCAAGUUUCAAUCAGAUUUAUUCAACCACAAAUAGCAAUUUAUAUUAUGAAUUCACACACAGUUAACUACAAUCAACAAGAUAACGAUGGAAAUAACGUUGUUCAAAAAGCAUUAAUAUCAAAUAACUAUGAAAUAUUUCAUUGUUUAAUAAAUAAAUGUACAUUUAAUGAUACUAAAAAUAAAUUUGGAGAUGAUUCAUUGUUGGUUGCUGUUAAAUCAAGAUGUUCCAAACAAAUCGUUCAAGAAUUAAUGAUGCACAAAACAUUUAAUGCAAAUGUUUUUGAUAAUGAUGGAAAUAACGCUGUAAUGAUUUGUUGCAUGAAUGGUGAUAACAAUAACACAGCACAUGAAUCAUAA